AAUGAAGUUGUUCCUGAAUUUUACUCUCGUUACCAGACCCGACCUAUUCAAACAUAGGCUGGCCAAUCAGUGCUGAGCGUGCAGUUUGACGCGCCUGUGUUGACUUGAGAGGCUCUUUCUCCGGCAGGAUUUCCUGCAUUGUCGCUGACAAUGUUAGUUUCUAGGUGACUAGACUGAGCUGCUCCAGUUUUCUGAUCGUCUGUGGCCUGAAGCGGUAAACUUUCACCACGCCGACACCAGCACCAACGCGUUCCAGCCGAAAAGUUAACCAGCGGCUUUGCAGCUGCACUCAGAAUAGUAGAGCUUCCCCUUGUUGGAAAGGCCUUCGCGAACACUCGGCUGUUUGGCAGUGAGAGACAGAUUUUGAAGAUCAGAAACUGGGGAAGACAUCGGAGGAAGGGGAGUGGGGCGAAACAAAUAUACCCAUCCACAACCAAAUCAGUCCAAAUAAAUAAAAGGACGAAACUCAUGGUGUGCUUGUGGAUACAGUCAUUCAGUACUGAGCGGUGAACGUCGGCGAGACGUAAACCGAGCGCCACUCAUGUUUUCAUCAAGUCAAGAAGAUCACAGUGCGCCCACCAAGGAUCCCGUGAAGUAUGGAGAACUCAUCGUCCUGGGAUACAAUGGUUCUCUUCCAAAUGGAGACAGAGGGCGCAGGAAAAGCAGAUUUGCUCUUUACAAACGAUCCAAACCUAAUGGAGUCAAGCCCAGCACGGUGCAUGUUAUUUCUACUCCUCAGGCUUCCAAGGCGGUCAGUUGUAAAGGGCAACAUAGCAUCUCAUAUACGCUAUCCAGAAACCAAACUGUGGUGGUCGAGUAUACUCAUGACAAGGACACUGACAUGUUUCAGAUUGGACGGUCCACAGAGAACCCCAUUGACUUUGUGGUGACAGACACUGUUUCUGGUAGCCAAAGUAAUGAUGAGAUGCAAAUCACUCAAAGUACUAUCUCUAGAUUUGCAUGUAGGAUAGUUUGUGACAGAAAUGCGCCAUACACUGCUCGGAUUUAUGCUGCAGGCUUCGAUUCAUCAAAAAAUAUAUUUCUUGGAGAAAAAGCUGCUAAAUGGAAAAAUCCUGAUGGCCACAUGGAUGGGUUAACAACUAAUGGAGUGUUAGUAAUGCAUCCUAGGGGAGGCUUUACAGAAGAAUCCAAACCUGGGAUAUGGCGGGAAAUUUCUGUUUGUGGAGAUGUGUACACUCUAAGGGAAACAAGAUCAGCGCAGCAAAGAGGAAAACUGGUGGACAGUGAAACUAAUGUUCUUCAGGAUGGCUCACUUGUUGAUCUUUGUGGAGCAACGCUUCUGUGGAGAACAGCAGAUGGCUUGUUCCACACUCCAACCCAAAAACACAUUGAGGCUCUUCGACAGGAGAUAAAUGCUGCUAGACCUCAGUGUCCGGUUGGGCUUAACACCCUAGCAUUUCCCAGCAUUAAUCGAAAGGAUAUUGUGGAAGAGAAACAGCCCUGGGCCUAUCUCAGCUGUGGUCAUGUCCAUGGUUACCACAACUGGGGCCAUCGUAGUGAAUCAGAAGCCAAUGAACGAGAAUGUCCUAUGUGCAGAACUGUUGGACCAUAUGUGCCACUUUGGCUAGGCUGUGAAGCAGGAUUUUAUGUGGAUGCAGGACCUUCUACACAUACAUUUAACCCAUGUGGACAUGUGUGCUCUGAGAAAACAGCAAAAUAUUGGUCUCAAAUUCCAUUACCCCAUGGUACUCAUGCAUUCCAUGCAGCAUGUCCUUUCUGUGCUAUACAACUUAAUGGAGAGCAAGGCAUCAUUAAACUAAUUUUCCAAGGACCAAUUGACUGAUGAAGAUGUGAACGAGGGCAAAAAAACCUUUUUGGGAAAUACUGUGAAAAUAAUCUGCUACUGUAGCUGGAUGCCUACUUGCUGGAUGAUUGACAUAAUUAUUUUCAGAGGAAGUGGGAGGGCAAACAGCUUGGUGUGGGAUACAGUUAUUUGUGAUGUGGAUAAUAAUGAUUAAUAAAUGUUUUACGGGUGCAGAAUUUAGAGGAGCCAUUCGUAAAAGCUACAACUAAAAAAACAAAAGUUACCCUUUUGUUCUAACCUAUUUUGCUACAGUGUGCCCUUUGUAUAGUUUUAUAAUUUAUAUGAUUUUAAUAUAUUGCGUGUAUAUUGAAUGACCUGUUCAGAUAAAGCUGUAAAUCAUUUAUGGCUUUUGUGUAACCUUGGCAGUAAAGUAUUUACUUAUUUAGACUUACUCUCUUUUAGCUAGAAUGUAUAACAAUGAUCUGCUCCUUCACUAUAACUUUUUUCAUUUCUCAGGUGUGCAAGUAAAUGAUUUAGCUAAAUUCUGCACCAGAGAUAUUGUUAAGGUGGGUAUUUGUCAAAAUACAGAAGUAUUCGUUAAAGGCUUCGCAAAUCUUUUGCAGAAGUGUUUCUGAAAUUCAAUGCAAUAUUGUUGAAAUUAUUCUAAUUUUUGAAUGAUGAAAUGAGCUUUGAUGCUCUAUCUGCACGUUAAAGAAAAAAUGUUACAAUUUAAUUGAAACUGCAUUAUAAAUUUUGUUUUAGUGUUAUUUAACAACUACUUCAUUUGAGUAGCAUCUUCAGUGUGCCAUUAAAUAUGAUAUGAAAUACCAAUAAUUGCUGGAACUUUCAGUUACCUCUCAGUUGUGUACUGUUCAGUUCUGCUGUAUAGCACAUUGCCAGUUUCAAGUACAAUGUUUACACAAAUGCCAUUAACAACUCUGAUGCAGCUUUUAUUGACAUCAUUUUACAAACGAGCAAAAUAGCAGCAUGAAUGUUAACAGUAACACAGCUGUGGGCCUACCUUCUGGAAAAUUGUGGUAGAUUGAAAUAUUUGCAAAGUUUAAUCGAUAAUUUAAAAUAGUUAAUAACUAACCUAUUAAUAAUGCAAAUAUGACAUUUGUAGGUCUUUCCUUUGUCAGGGUUAUUUUGUACUUUUUUGAGGGCAUAUAAGUUAGUAUGUAAGAAAGUUCAGAUGCAACUUGGUUUAGUUCUGCCUCCUUUAAAUUGAAUGAAAAUAAUCAUGGUAAAUACAAAAUCAUUCCUUCAGGAUUCAGAAUACCUGCAGUUCUCAUUCUUAUCAUUUAUUUUGUCAUGGCUUUUGAGGAAUCCCUAAAAACGUCUUGUCAUCACAAAAGUUUUUGCUGAAACAGAAUUUGUUAAACCAGUCUCAAAACAGAUGCACACCUAAUUUAAUUUAAUUUAUAAAACUGAUUUGAUGUAUAUGAUGCUUGCAACUUUUUCAUUAAGGUCUAAUUACAGAUUUGCAUUUCUAGUUUGUUAUAUGCAAUUGUACUGUUUAUUUGCUUAUGUGUACAGAACAAUUUUCAGAGUUGAGUACCAUGUGCUUCUUAUCAUGGUGUAAUCCAUGUUUUCAUUGAAUUUUCUUGAUUUUAAUGUAAAUUAAAGUCGAGUGACAAGAUUUUGCCCUUUAGAUUCAUCUAUUUUAAUCUUGUAUUAUCACUGGUACCUUUCACUGCAAGUGAUUUUUUUUUUCUUCAGUCCAAUUAAGAUUAAUAUAUUUACUCUCCAUGUUAUAUUUUAUAACACUGUUUGGUUGUAUAUAAUUUAGCUGUUACCAUUUUUCAAAGGAAAUACACAAGAUAUUAAAAGGCUUGACCUGUAUUUAUUUCCAAUAUGCAUAUGAAAAGAUUAGCUCCAUUAUUACUAAUGAAGUUAUUGUAGUGAGGUGUUGAGCACUCAACAAUACCAGGAUAAAUCUUGCUGGCAAAAUUUCAGCAAAUAUUGUAUUACACAAUAAUCAAGUUUCUUUAAAAAUGGGGAAAAAGUUGAAGUUAAUUUUCAUCACUAAUGUGCAUAAACAUCAACUUUGUCACAUGACUUGGAGCUACUUCCCCAUCUGUUAUAACCUCUUUUUAAUUUUAAAAAUUACAAUUAAUGUCAGUAAAGACAUGCCCUUUUUGAUUAUUUUUAACCUACCAGUGUUAAUUUCUAUACAUACAGAAUUAAAAGCUUUCUGUUUAAAUUAUCUGAAUUUUGCCUCUCAAUGUGUGUGCACAUUGAGGUUUUUCUAGUUAAAAUACAAUAGCUUAACUUAAGUUGGUUUGAAAAGAAGUUUGUUGGUGCCUAAGAUGCAGACUGAUUUUUGUGAUGUAUUAUCACAUGCUAAUAAAGGCUUUUUCAGAAACAGUAAUGCAUUGGAUGUAUUUUGGCUUGUAUACUGGAACUUUGUAUUGCAUUUGUUCUAUAUAACAUUGCAUAUUGCAACAAAUAAGCAUCAUAUAGGAGGCACAAAUAUUAGAAGAACUUGUACCAUGUUACAGACACAACAAAUCCUUGGAACAGUACCUUAAUUUUUCCAUUCAAAUUGAAAUUUUUAUUUUGAAAAUGAAACCUCCACACCCAUGCUCACUAAAUUACCUCUUUUUUUUUUAAUAUUUGUUAGUCAAAGACUUGGAACACAUAGAGGUAAGUUUAAUUUUCAGUUGUUGCAUAAGGCAGACAAGAGUCAGUGAAUCAACAGACCGUCAUAUAUUUCUCUGAUUUUCCAUUCACUGACUUCAAUGGCAAAAAAAAGGGUGACUGAUCUGAUAUUACUAAUUUUAUGCCAUUGCCAAAUGUUAAAAUUACUAUCUUGAUAAUCUCAGCUUUGAAUUAUGCAUAGUAGCAUUCUUAAAAAUUUAUUUUUUAAAAACCUUGUUUUGAUAAUGUUUCAUAAGCCAACAGACUUGAACCAAAUGUGAAUUGUGUUCUAUGUCCCACUAAAUUUCUUUCAUUCAUUAUUAAUGCUAUAAAAUUCAUUCCACAGGCCACUAUUUUGCUUAUCUGUGUUGAAAUCAGUCAGUACUGAUUGAUUUCAGAGAAUUUUGUCCUUUGUAUAGCAGAGCCUUUUUUUGAGUUAAAAUGUUUGUCUAGUUCUGAAAAUGUUCAGUGAUUCUUGGAAGUGGACUCUCUGCCUUAAGCAGAUUUAAAUGGAUUAUGGUUUGGAUCUUGAACACUUUGUUUUCGUGCAAUAAAAAUAACAUUUAACUAUGAA